AUGUGGGACAGCAGGAAAGCGCUGGUAGGUGGUAUCACUGUCCGAGAACAAGGGACCAGAGAAUCCAGGGGGUGUAGUGGUCGGCCAGAGGACAAGCAGAGCGGGCAUUGCGACCUGCGAAGCAGUCAGGGGUGCGAUCAAUCGAAUCGGGGAUUGGCGCCAGAUGAGAAGUUGUCGAAGACCGUACUCCUCGGCAAGACGGCGAGCAGGACGGAUGCGACGACCAGUACGCAGCCAGUAGAUUUGCAAACAGGCAAGUCAGGGCUGGGCCCACUGAUGACCAAAUCAGCAAGACCUUGCACUCGGCGAGGAUCAAAUUCUGGUGACCAGGGCUGGAUUAAAUUCUGA